GAGCCGGAAAAAAUAAAUAAAUAAAUAAAAAAAUUCCAAGUUGUGGAGCUGCUGAUCAGCUUGGCUAUGGCGGCCACUUGCUUAAACCUAACACCCACUCUAUCUUCCUCUUGGAUUACACCAAAACGCACCGUUUCAAAUUGGGUCUCGUCGCCUUUAUUGCAGCAGAAGAUUAAGUACCCCAAUUUGAAAGCUGGGGUUUUCACGGCGUUGGCUGUGGUGGAAGAGCGGGAGGGAGGCCUAGUCACUGACGACGGAGGAGUGGCGGAGUACGAGUACGACAGUCGAAACGACGACCAUUCGGAUGGGGGAUUGGACGACAAGCAAGAGCAGUCAAGACCCUGUGAGCUGUAUGUGUGCAAUAUUCCGAGAAGCAUUGAUGUUCCGGACCUGAUGGAAAUGUUCAACCCUCACGGAACUGUUUUCUCCGCCGAGAUUUGCCGGAGCCCGGAUACUGGGCUCAGCCGCGGAUGCGGCUACGUCACCAUGGGAUCCAUGGACGCUGCGAAAACCGCCAUUGCUGCAUUGGAUCGAUCUGAUGUUGGAGGGAGGGAAAUGCGGGUGAGAUUUUCGGUUCAUAUGAAUCCGAAGAGGAAGAACACCGAGGCAUUGAAUUCAUCACCGGUGAAAAACAUGGUGUAUGAGAGCCCUCACAAACUCUACGUCGGCAACCUUGCGCGGGCUGUCCAGCCUCAUGUUUUGAGAAGCCAUUUUAGCCAGUUUGGGACCGUAGCUAGCGCAAAAGUGUUGCACGACCGCAAGGCAGGGAAGAAUCGCGCUUAUGGGUUCCUCUCUUUCUCUUCGGCUGCAGAACGCGAUGCAGCAAUGUCGUUAAAUGGAACGGAGUUCUGCGGUCGGAGAAUAGUGGUUAGAGGACUUCCAGAAACGACUUACACUGCAGCGAAGACUUGAUCAGUCACUCACAUAUAUGCUUUGGUAAUGGCUGCUAAGCAUCAUUCUUGGCAAAUCUGAUACGCAGCGCAAGCGGUCAUCCAUCCGAAUGCCUGCCGGAUUAUAAAACUUUUACAUUUGCAUCGCAACUAGUCUUCGUAGUUUUGUGCAAUACAAACAUUGGCGGACAGCGGUGAGUUGUUUCAUAGAUUUGUGUAUCGUGUAUUUAGAGAGCAAGAGAAAGUGAAGAGACUAGUUGAUGAUACAGUAAGAAUACUUGUUAACUUUUGCAUAUACAUGCAGAGAAAUUAUGUUA